UCCAAUCAACAAAACGAAAUUACGCAAAAAUGUGUAAAGGAUUUCAACCAAACGAGAAAGAUCGCCUGAAAAUCAAAGGCAUUUAUCUCCAUUUAUCAUUUUCAUCACCGACUGAAACCGUCUCACCCGAUUCUCUAACUCUGCAUUAUCUCCCUCGAAUUAGUGAAAGUCCAUUAGAGAUUAACGAAUCCAAAAUCCGAUCUAAUUUCCCCGGUUUCGUUACGCUCCACCGGGUCGUAUCAGCUGAGAAAGUAACAACAAAAGGUGUUAUUUACGGAAGCAGAGACAGAGUUAAAGCGAGUGAAGGAGUAAAAUUCGAAAUAUUCAUGGCUGAUGUAAAGCUCAUAAAAGGUAUUUUCAUGAAAGAUCUAGAGAACUGGAGAAUCGAUUGCAAGUGCGCUUUGGAAAACGACGAUUUAAAAGUGAAAGGAGCAGAGGUGUGUGUGGCAGUGGAAGGACGCACCGCUGCGGAGGUAAUUACUGAGAAGGUGGAGAUGACGGUGAGGAAGAGGAGAACACGGCGGAGGAGCUGUUUUCAGAAGCUGGAGGAGAUUCCUGAACAAAGAGAAGUUGAAAAUGAUGAGUCUACUUGUUGCUGCUCGGAGUGUGAAGGUGAAGAAGACGAUUCGGACGGCAGCGACGCGGCGGAGGGAGUUGGGUGGGCAGUAGAUGUAGGGAUAUGGGUGAUGUGCCUUGGGGUAGGGGUGGGCUAUUUGGUCUCUAGAGCUUCUUCAAAGAGCUUAAGAAGAAGGAGAUUCAUAUAAUUAUAAAACAUAUAGUUUAGUUUAGUUUCCUGCUAGUAAUUUCUAACAAAUUGGAUUUAGCAGCAAGUUUUGUACAAGUAUUUGAGUCUACAGACA